UUAGCGUCUUUGAGGAUUUGUUGUUUUUGCUUAAAUUAUAAUAAAUUAUAACUAAUACAACUAAUUGUGAAUUGGAAACUGAAGAAUAAGUAGUAUGUUCUGUUAAAGAACAUUAUAUCAUUAGGUUGGAACCUUAAGCUGGAUGAGAAAUGAAAUGAAAAAUUCUUGAUACACUUGUUGUCGUCGGUCAAAUGUUUUUUUUUUUAUAAUUUUUAAUAUUGGGGACACCUUGGGGAUAACUAUAUAUUCGUCAACAUGGCCCCGCGUAUCAUCUUGUUGUUUAGCGGCAAAAGGAAGUCUGGGAAAGACUACUUGACCGACCACUUGCAGAAGUUGCUGGGAGACAGAUGUGAAGUGAUAAAGAUAUCGCAGCCAAUAAAGAGUCAUUGGGCGAAGGAGAAAAAUUUAAAUCUGAAUGAGCUGCUGAGCGACAGCGAGUACAAGGAGCAGCACAGAUUGGAAAUGAUAAAGUGGAGCGACGAGAUGAGAGACCAAGAUUAUGGCUGCUUCUGUAGAGUCGCUUGUCAAAAUGCCGCAGACAGACCCAUAUGGAUAGUCAGUGACAUCCGUCGCAAAACUGACAUCUGCUGGUUCAAGGAAAUCUACGGGGACCUCAUCAGAACGAUCCGCAUCACGGCAGAUGAAGACACCAGAGUGAAAAGAGGAUACAAGUUCAAGGAAGGCAUAGAUGAUGUCGCCUCAGAGUGUGACUUGGAUGAUUAUACUCCAUGGGACCUUGUCAUAGACAAUGGGAAAGGAAGAGAGCAGCUGCAAGAGCAGUUAGGCAGUAUUCUAGGAUUAUUGUCCCAUUUAUGAUUUAGAUCUGAUUGUGUUAAAUAUAAGAUUGGUUUGGUUUUUACUGUUUAUUUACAGUAACAUGUUACUGUAGAUCUGAAUUAUUUUUAUAUGAGCAAAGGUGUUUGUAUUUUAAUUUAUUAUUUCUGAUGUCAAAAACACAAGACAUUGUGCGGUAUAUUUCUAGGACAGAUAUUUUAGAAAAGCUAGCUUUACUAAAAGAAAUAUUUUUCAUGUAGCUGAGGUUUCAACCAAGAGGUAGCUAAACUAACUUCUCACCACCCACCUUAGUUCACAUAGAUAUAAGUGCUUAUCAAUGGCACUAUGCUAUGUCAUAGUUAAUUUUAUAGAUAUGUGUUGACAUUGACAUUUAUAGAUAUAUAGACAUUGUGUGUCCUAUUUAUUAGUUUUAUUUUUGAAAAAUCUGUAUUUGUUGUAAGCAUAGUCGUUAAUCGUAUGAGUUGUAGGUAUGUGUAUAUGUUUAAUAAAGCUUGGGUUUCCUAGGAUAGUGGUGACUUCAUAUAGUGGCUGCAGACAGAUAUACAAAAUGUAAUAAGGAAACAGCUGCUAUAGGACCAUACCCCUAACCUACGAAAUUCUAGCUAAAGAAGGAUGAAAGUACACACGUGACAUAUUUUAGUCCAACAACAUGGAAGGAAGUAAAAAGUAUGUGAACCCAUAGAUUGUUUUACACGGCGGCUAAUAAUAUCAUUUGAAUAAUAAUUUAUUAUUUAUGGAAUAUCUUUUAAUUCGUAUUGUACCUAAAUCAUAUAUUACGGUUGUGUUUUUAUUUUACCUAUGUUACUUUUUGUACCGUAGAGCAUUGUAAUAUUUAUAAUUAAUAUACAUAUAGAAAUUAUACCUACAUCUGUAUUUUUUACUAUAUACUUCAACAGUGCGAAAAUGAGUGGGUAUUUACCCUAAUCUACCUAUAGCUACCCUACCCUAGAUCAAAUCGUCCAGGACCACCAAGUUGGAUUCCUAAAAUGUUGAAAUCCCGAAAUGUUGACUUUCCCAGAAUGUUG